AUGGGAGAGAAUCCUCCUCAACCAUUGUUAAGAGACUAUGACCACCCCAACGCAUUCCAACUUCGGAGUGGCAUACGUCUUCCCACCACAAAUGCAAACAACUUUGAACUUUCACCUCAACUCAUCCGUAUGAUUCAAAGCGAUCAAUUCGGAGGUAGUCCUCAUGAGUGUCCUUUUGCUCAUUUGGACAACUUUCUUGAGUUGUGUACAACUAUCAAGCAAAACAACAUUUCGGAAGAGUUCAUCCGUAUGCACAUGUUUCAAUUCUCCCUCCGUGAUAAAGCAAAACAUUGGUUGAGAACAGUUGAAGAGGGAUCAUUGAGUACAUGGGACGAAGUCACUAGAGCCUUUCUUGGAAAGUAUUGUCCUCCGGAAAAGACCGCCGAACUAAGAAGAAAGAUCACCAAUUUCAAUCAAGACAUUGAUGAAACAUUGAGUGAAGCUUGGGAGCGUUUCAAAGAUUACACAAGGAAAUGCCCCCACCAUGGUUUUACAUCAUGGAUCAUUGUACAAAGCUUCUAUGACGGUCUUACUCCUAUUUCAAGGGCCAACCUUGAUUCCGGGGCCGGUGGUAGCCUCAAAAAGCUAUCGGUGGACGAUGCAUACAAGAUGAUUGAAGAAGUGGCCAAGCAUUAUGCAUAUGGAGGUGAUAGAAGGCAACCUCAAACAAAGAAGGGCGGAAUUCAUGAUCUUAGUGCAAUAGAUCUUAUUGCAUCAAAGUUUGAUAUGCUAGCUCACAAGCUAGAUCAAGCCACCCUCACACCCUCAAGCUCUUCCUCGCAAGUCAUGUCUUGUGAGACUUGUGGAGGAAAUGAUCACUUGUCCUCUUAUUGCAACUCAACGAAUCAAGAGCAAGCGGCGGCAAUUGGGCAAAGGAAUGAACAAUACUCCCAAUCCCACAAUCAAAGUUGGAAGCCCCAACAUAACACGGGAUGGAAGCAAUACAACCAAGGCCCCCCACAAAAUAACUACAACCAAAAUCAAACCCAACCUCAAAACCACUACAACCAACCUCAAUCACAAAACCAACAAGCUCCAUACCGCCAUCCCAACCAAAGGGAUCAAAACCACCAAAGAUAA